AUGAGAACUAAAAAUUUAAAAACACUAAAAAGUCUUUUCUAUAUAUUUUUAGAUGAUAAAACAAUACCUCCCUUUUUGUUGGAAAUUUUUGAGCGUGUUAGGCAAAGUGCAGAUUUUAUCCCCGCGUGGCAAGUUGAACAACAAAUGAAAAAAGAAUUGGGGCCAAAUUGGAUUAAACUUUUUCGAGAUUUUAAUAUUCAACCAUUUGCUGCUGCUUCUAUCGGACAGGUCCACGAAGCAACAACACUUGAUGGAACAAAAGUUGCUGUUAAAGUUCAAUAUCCAGGCAUUGCAAAUGGAAUUGAAGCUGAUUUUGAUAAUUUAUUGUCUUUAUUAAGUUUUGGUCGUGUUCUGCCUAAAGGAUUGUUUUUGGAGAAUUUUGCUGCUGCUGUUCGGAGAGAAUUACGGGCAGAAUGCAAUUAUGAAAGAGAAGCUAAUGCAAUGAUUAAAUUUAGAAAAUUAUUGGCUGAUGAUACUAAUUAUUAUGUUCCUGGUAUUUUUCCACAUCUUUCAACUAAACAAGUAUUAACAGCAGAAUAUGUUGAAGGUAAACCAGUAAAUCAAUGUUUGGAUGAACCUAAACAGGUCAGAGAUUGGAUAGCAACAAAAAGUAUGGCUUUAUGCUUAAAUGAAGUUUUUCGAUGGAAAUUUAUGCAAACAGACCCAAAUUGGUCCAAUUUUCUUUUUGGCAAUAUUAAUAAUAAUCCACGUUUAAUUCUUCUUGAUUUUGGUGCAACACGUGCUUAUAGCAGUUCAUUUAUUGAUAAAUAUAUGCGUAUUUUAAAAGCUGCUUUUAAUAAUAAUAGAGAAGAGGUAAAGUAAUUUUUUUUGAGUUAAAUAGAGAGGGAUUAGAAGUGUAGGGUAAAAAAAAGGGAUUUUGUAGGGGUAAAAAAGAGAUUAGAAUCCAAUCUAACGUAAAGCAAGGAUGGGUCUGGUUGAGAAAUGAUCUGGUCGGGAUUAUCAAAAUUUUAUUCGGAUCGGGUUUCGGAUUGAAAACGAAGUUUGUGUUUCG